AAUCCCAAACAUUUCCAGAAGCUUCCCUGCGGGAGGCGAUGGUAGCUAGCAGGCAUGCUGCAGCUACCUCCAAAGUAGGGCCAAAAUUGUGAGAGACCUAAGCUUAUCUGUCCCACCCUGGGAUGACAAUGAGCAUAAUCUGUGCAAAAAGUAGAGUAUUAUAGUCUUCUAUGUUUAGCAUGUACUUCCUUAAUGUCAUUAUCUUAUUAAGAGUUAACUUUAAUGUUCAUUUUAUAAAGAAUGAAGAAAAAGGUUUCACUUUGGGCACCGCAGACUUCAAGAUUCUGUUCUGAUGCCCAAAGAGGAUUUGGCACACCGUGGGUAUGCUGCUUUUGUUCAGAACUAAGGCAUGUAGGCCAAACUUUUCCAGUGUGCUCCAGGCAGCUGGCAGGACACCGUGGGGCAGGACAGCCCAGCCGUGAGCUCGAGAGAGCUGGGCCAUGGACGUCAUGGAUGUGGAGCUUCUCAGGGGCACAGGGUUGGGAACGUACACCGAUGGACACAAAGGAACUAGAGCAACAGCCUUGGAGGAGUUUGAGGCAGCAACCCGAGGGUUCAGCUCUGUUCAGAGAAUGCCAAAAGGAAGGGCUCAAUGAAAUGCUUGGAAAGAGCCUUAAGGGGCAAACAGAACCAGACGUCAACAACUGGAGAAAAACCUGGGGAAGCUCCGUGCAAUUUGAGCUAAUCCGUGAGAGCUACAGGACAUGCAGACACAGGCAGGGUUGGGAACGUACACCGAUGGACACAAAGGAACUAGAGCAACAGCCUUGGAGGAGUUUGAGGCAGCAACCCGAGGGUUCAGCUCUGUUCAGAGAAUGCCAAAAGGAAGGGCUCAAUGAAAUGCUUGGAAAGAGCCUUAAGGGGCAAACAGAACCAGACGUCAACAACUGGAGAAAAACCUGGGGAAGCUCCGUGCAAUUUGAGCUAAUCCGUGAGAGCUACAGGACAUGCAGACACAGGCAGGGUUGGGAACGUACACCGAUGGACACAAAGGAACUAGAGCAACAGCCUUGGAGGAGUUUGAGGCAGCAACCCGAGGGUUCAGCUCUGUUCAGAGAAUGCCAAAAGGAAGGGCUCAAUGAAAUGCUUGGAAAGAGCCUUAAGGGGCAAACAGAACCAGACGUCAACAACUGGAGAAAAACCUGGGGAAGCUCCGUGCAAUUUGAGCUAAUCCGUGAGAGCUACAGGACAUGCAGACACAGGUAUUCCUCACCAAAGUGAAGGUGAAGGUGCAGAGCUUACCAAGGAGGUGUCCCUGUCUUGGUGGAGAAGGAGCACAGAACAUCGACUGCCUCUUGGUUGGGAACGUACACCGAUGGACACAAAGGAACUAGAGCAACAGCCUUGGAGGAGUUUGAGGCAGCAACCCGAGGGUUCAGCUCUGUUCAGAGAAUGCCAAAAGGAAGGGCUCAAUGAAAUGCUUGGAAAGAGCCUUAAGGGGCAAACAGAACCAGACGUCAACAACUGGAGAAAAACCUGGGGAAGCUCCGUGCAAUUUGAGCUAAUCCGUGAGAGCUACAGGACAUGCAGACACAGGCAGGGUUGGGAACGUACACCGAUGGACACAAAGGAACUAGAGCAACAGCCUUGGAGGAGUUUGAGGCAGCAACCCGAGGGUUCAGCUCUGUUCAGAGAAUGCCAAAAGGAAGGGCUCAAUGAAAUGCUUGGAAAGAGCCUUAAGGGGCAAACAGAACCAGACGUCAACAACUGGAGAAAAACCUGGGGAAGCUCCGUGCAAUUUGAGCUAAUCCGUGAGAGCUACAGGACAUGCAGACACAGGCAGGGUUGGGAACGUACACCGAUGGACACAAAGGAACUAGAG